AACGAGUUUCCUUUCUACUCUAUGAUGGCGGGUAAGCGAAAAAUAAGGAAAAGGGUGAAAAAAAAAAAAAAAAAAAACUUCCAUCUAUUAUCCGAGCGAGGUGAGAAGCCGAAAAUCACAGAACAAAAUAGGAAGAAGAUGGGGGAUCUCUACGCUUUGGACUUCGAUGGAGUUCUCUGCGAUAGCUGCGGAGAAAGCUCUCUUUCUGCUGUUAAGGCUGCUAAAGUAAGAUGGCCUGGAUUGUUCGACGAUGUGGAUUCCAGUUUGGAGAAUUGGAUUGUGGAUCAGAUGUACACGGUCCGCCCUGUGGUUGAAACUGGAUAUGAGAAUUUAUUGCUGGUGAGGUUGCUGUUGGAGAUGAGAUUACCCUCAAUUAGGAAGUCUUCGGUUGCAGAAGGGCUCACAGUUCAUGGAAUAUUGGAGAAUUGGUCAAAACUCAAACCAGUCAUCAUGGAAGAAUGGCGAGAGAAUAGAGAUGCUCUCAUAGACCUUUUUGGAAAGGUUAGAGAUCAAUGGAUUGAUGAGGACUUAGCAACUUGGAUCGGUGCAAAUAGAUUUUAUCCAGGUGUUUCUGAUGCUCUGAAGUUCUCAAGCUCUAGGAUAUACAUAGUUACCACAAAGCAGGGUCGAUUUGCUGAGGCUCUACUACGAGAACUUGCUGGAGUGACCAUACCACCAGAAAGAAUAUAUGGUCUAGGAACAGGUCCAAAGGUAGAAGUUUUAAAGAUGCUUCAAAAGAUGCCUGAGCACCAAGGAUUGAAACUGCACUUUGUGGAAGAUCGAUUGGCUACCCUAAAGAAUGUCAUCAAAGAGCCAGAAUUAGAUGGGUGGAAUAUAUAUCUGGUGGACUGGGGAUAUAACACACAGAAAGAGAGAGAGGAAGCAGCAGCGAUUCAAAGGAUUCGACUUCUUCAGCUAUCUGACUUCAGUACGAAGCUCAGGUAGUACUCUUCAUUGUUCCCAGUUGAUAUUUAUGUAUCCUUUUUGCAGAUGAAUGCUAUUCUUAAUUGUCCAAUACAUACUUUGAAUUGAUAUUCAAAUUUAAUAAUUAUCUUUUCUUUUACUCUUU